AUGGCGGCUCUGAAAGUGUUCCCACUUGCCUGUGUGGUGCAGCAGUAUGCCUGGGGCAAGGUGGGCUCCAACAGCAUGGUGGCACGACUGCUGGCCAGCAGCAACCCACUGGUGACGAUCUCGGAGGACACGCCCUACGCAGAGCUGUGGAUGGGAACCCACCCCCGGGGGGACGCCAAGAUCAUUGAUCGCCGCGUCUCCCAGAAGACCCUAGGCCAGUGGAUCACUGAGAAUCAGGACUGUUUAGGGUCAAAGGUCAAGGAUACUUUUAAAGGCCAGCUGCCCUUCCUCUUCAAAGUGCUCUCAGUUGAAACAGCCCUCUCCAUCCAGGCACACCCUAACAAGGAGUUGGCAGAGAAGCUGCAUCUCCAGUCUCCAGAGCACUACCCAGAUGCCAACCACAAGCCAGAGAUGACCAUUGCCCUCACCUCCUUCCAGGGCUUGUGUGGCUUCCGGCCUAUUGAGGAGAUUGUGACCUUUCUGAACAAAGUGCCCGAGUUCCAGUUUCUGAUUGGAGAUACUGCAGCGACACAGCUGAAGCAGAGCAUGAACCACGACUCCCAGACUGUAGCCUCGGCUCUACAGAACUGUUUCUCACACCUGAUGAAGAGUGAGAAGAAAGUGAUAGAGGAGCAGCUCAACCUGUUGGUGAAGCGCAUCUCCCAGCAAGUGGCUGCUGGAAACAAUAUGGAGGACAUCUGUGGUGAACUCUUGCUGGAGCUGCACCAGCAGUAUCCAGGGGAUAUCGGCUGCUUUGCCAUCUACUUCCUGAACCUGCUUACCUUGCAGCCAGGGGAGGCCAUGUUUCUGGAGGCCAAUGUGCCCCAUGCCUACCUGAAAGGAGAUUGUGUGGAGUGCAUGGCAUGUUCAGACAACACGGUGCGUGCUGGCCUGACACCCAAGUUCAUCGAUGUGCCAACCCUGUGUGAAAUGCUCAACUAUACCCCUAGCCCCAGCAAGGACAGGCUCUUUCCUCCAACACGGAGUCUGGAAGACCCUUACCUCUCCAUCUAUGACCCCCCUGUGCCAGACUUCACUGUUUUGAAGAUGGAGGUCCCUGGCUCUGUCACUGAAUACAAGGUCUCACCGCUGGACUCUGCCAGCAUCCUCCUGUUGGUACAAGGGACAGUCACAGUCAGAACGCUCACAUCCCAGGCACCCCUCCCUCUGCAGUGUGGUGGGGUGCUCUUCAUUGGGGCCAAUGAGAAUGUCUGGCUGAAGCUUUCUGUGCCUAAGGAUCUUCUGAUAUUUCGAGCGUGCUGCCUGCUGUAGAGGCCUCCACGGUUGCCCUAAACCAGGCCAGCCUCACCAUCUCAGGCUCAGCCUAAGCCCUCUCUCCUGCUCUGGACACC